GCGGCCUCCGCGGCCCGCCCUGCCCGGCCGAGCGGAGGGUGCCGGGGGCGGCCGGCGCCUCGGGGUCCGGCUCAUUGGGGCCGCCCGGCCGCCGCCGCCCUCCUUUUGUUCCUCGGCGCGUCUCCGGCCGGGCGGAGGGGCGGCCGCGGGACCCGAAGGCCCAGGAUCGAGCCAGGGCCGAGCGCGCGGGGCCUGCGACGCCCACCGACGGCGGGCGCCCCGGGCCGAGUUCUCACCGGCUCCCGAGUUUCCUGUCCGACCUCCCGGGCGGCCGCAUUGUCGGAUCAGAGGCCGCCUUCGGAGACCCCAGCUCUGGGAGUGCGGCGCCGCGACGCAGCCCUGUGCCCGCUUCCCGAUGCGGGCUCCGAGCUGCGGCCCAGGGCAGGGGGUGGGGGACGCUGCGAGGCCCCGGAGCUGCGGGCGCAGGCGGGGUGGCCCGGAGCUGGCUCUUUGCAGGAAGGGACCUUCCCUCCCGACAGCCCUGUGUCUGGCCCCGUCCAGCGCGUGGCAGGCUCCUGGCGACCCCGAUGAACGUGUGACGGGCCUUGCUGACACCGGCGGCGCUUCUCGCUGGGAUGGAUCAGAGCUGAGAGGACGAAUGUGCCGAGUCCUGCCUGUGCUGCUGGAACCCGGGGUGGCCUUGGGGACCCCGACCGGGUUUGUUUCUGCUGACAACCAGUUCUUUUCACUGUGCAGUCGUCCCCCUGGGACAGGCGCCCCUCCGAGGAGACCGGGCUGGCUGCCGGCAGCCUCGCGCCAUGUGCCGGCCGGCGGGGUGAGCGAUGCACGGGGCGCGGCGGACAUGUUCCGAGCGGGGGACCCGGCGCCCGCGCGCCUGCGCAGCGUGGAGGUGGCCCGGGGCCGGGCCGGCUACGGCUUCACGCUCUCCGGCCAGGCGCCCUGCGUGCUCAGCUGCGUCCUCAGGGGCAGCCCCGCCGACCUCGUGGGCCUCCGCGCCGGCGACCAGAUCCUCACCGUCAACGAGAUCAAUGUGAAGAAGGCGUCCCACGAAGACGUGGUGAAGCUAAUCGGGAAGUGCUCUGGGGUCCUGCACAUGGUGAUCGCGGAGGGCGGCGGCCACCUGGAGUCCUGCUCCAGUGACGAAGAAGUCGGCUUUUACGAAGGAAAAGGCUGGCUGAAGCCCAAACUCGACUCUAAGGCCUUAGGAAUAAACAGGGCAGAGCGAGUCGUUGAGGAAAUGCAGUCAGGAGGGAUUUUCAACAUGAUCUUUGAAAACCCUGGCCUUCGAGCCAGCAGCUCGGAGCCCCUGAAGCUGAAACAGAGGUCGCUUUCAGAGUCGGCCUCCGGCCGGUGUGACCUUGCACACGAGAGUGCAAGUAAUCCACAUCCCAGCCUGCCUUCUAAGGAGGAGACGCCCAAAGCGGGGAACCACGGUUCUGCUUUCAGUGCGGGGCUGGAGGCUCCUGAGGACUUUGGGCUGGAUGCAAGCAUUCUCAACGUGGCCAUGGUCGUGGGCUACCUGGGCUCCAUCGAGCUGCCGUCCACCGGCUGCAGCCUGGAGUCGGACAGCGUGCAGGCCAUCCGGGGCUGCCUGCGGCGCCUUCGGGCUGAGCAGAAGAUCCACUCGCUGGUGACCAUGAAGGUCAUGCACGACUGCGUGCAGCUGUGCACAGACAAGGCGGCUGUGCUGGCCCGCUACCCGGCCGAGAGGCUGGCCUUCAGCGCCGUGUGCCCGGACGACCGGCGGUUUUUCGGGCUGGUGACCAUGCAGGCGGGUGAUGAUGGGAGCCUGGCGCAGGAGGAGGACGGCGUCCUGCGGACGUCCUGCCACGUGUUCAUGGUGGACCCCGACCUGUUCAGCCACAAGAUCCACCAGGGCAUCGCCCGGCGCUUCGGGUUUGAGUGCACGGCCGACCCCGACACCAACGGCUGCCUGGAGUUCCCCGCGUCCUCGCUGCCCGUGCUGCAGUUCAUCUCGGUGCUCUACCGGGACAUGGGCGAGCUGAUCGAGGGCGUGCGGGCCCGGGCCUUCGCUGACGGGGACGCCGACGCCCACCAGAACACCAGCACGAGCAGCAACAGCGACAGUGGCAUCGGGAACUUCAGCCCCGAGGACAGGAGCAGCCGCGUGCUCGUGGUGGACCUGGGCGCCGCCUCCAGCAGGCACGGCCCUGGCGGCGGCGCCUGGGAGGGCGCGGGCGGGAGGGGCCCCCAGCCCUGGGCCGCCCCCUGGAACGGGGCCUUCUGCCUCGACCCCGAGGGGGCCCCGUUCGAGGCCGCCCCGCAGGCUGACAGGUGCCGGGACCUCGGCAAGCACCUGGGGCCCGCUCCGCACGCGGAGGGCCCCCCGCCCCCCCUGAGGUGUCCGGCCCCGCCUUCCCGGAGGGGCGCCGCGGGCCCUGGCGGUGGCUCUGGCCAGCGGUGGCUCCCGGUCCACGUGCUGCAGGAGUGGCAGUGCGGGCACGUCAGCGACCAGGAGUCUUACACCGACUCCACGGAUGGCUGGUCCAGCAUCAACUGUGGCACGCUGCCCCCGCCCAUGAGCAAGAUUCCCGCCGACCGCUACCGCGUGGAGGGCAGCCCGGCCCAGCCCCCGCCCAGCACCCAGCGGAGGGACUGGGCCAGGAAGGCCCUCGGCGUGCAGAACAUCUUCGGCCCCCAUCGAAGUGUUAGGAAGACCAAGGAAGACAAAAAGGGCUCCAAGUUCGGGCGGGGCAUCGGACUCGUGCCCCCGGCUCCGCGUGCCUCCAGCCGGAGGUCCUUCGGGAGGUCCCGGAGGCUGAGCAUCACCCGCUCCCUCGAUGAUCUUGAGUCCGCAACUGUGUCCGACGGUGAGCUGACCGGCGCCGACCUGAAGGAUUGCGUGAGCAACCACAGCCUCAGCAGCAAUGCCAGCCUGCCCAGCGUGCAGAGCUGCCGGCGUCUGCGCGAGCGCAGGGUGGCCAGCUGGGCCGUGUCCUUCGAGCGCCUUCUGCAGGACCCACUUGGCGUUCGCUACUUCUCCGAUUUUCUGAGGAAGGAGUUCAGUGAAGAAAACAUUUUGUUCUGGCAGGCCUGUGAAUAUUUUAAUCAUGUUCCCGCACAUGACAAAAAGGAGCUCUCCUACAGGGCCCGCGAGAUCUUCAGUAAGUUCCUGGGCAGCAAGGCCACCACGCCAGUCAACAUCGACAGCCAGGCCCAGCUGGCGGACGACAUCCUCAGCGCCCCCCACCCCGACAUGUUCAAGGAGCAGCAACUCCAGAUCUUCAACCUGAUGAAGUUCGACAGCUACACACGGUUCCUGAAAUCCCCGCUGUACCAGGAGUGCAUCCUGGCGGAGGUGGAGGGCCGCCCGCUGCCCGACGCGCAGCAGGUCCCCAGCAGCCCCGUCUCCAAGCACAGCGCCAGCUCAGGCCACUCCAACACGUCCACGCCCAAGAAGUUGAGCGGAAAAUCGAAAUCAGGACGGUCCCUGAACGAAGAGCUGGGGGACGAAGACAGUGAGAGGAAGCGGAAAGGCGCCUUCUUCUCGUGGUCGCGGACCAGGAGCACCGGACGCUCCCAGAAGAAGAAGGACCACGGCGACCGUCCCAAUGACGCCCUGCACGCCAACGGAGGCCUGGCCCGCCGGGAGUCACAGGGUUCCGUGUCCUCGGCUGGGAGCCUGGACCUGCGUUUGUUCUCGAUCGGGCACGUGGCUCUGGACGCCCACGGGAGCAGCAGGUGCUCCUCUUUGUCUUGGCACCUGCACAUCCGCGGGGCGGUGAGCUCCGGUGCCCCGCAGCCGCGCCCGUGUGCUGGGGGUGGUGCCCGACCUGCCCGGCCCCGCGCCCUUCACCCUGAGGCCUGCAGAACUCUCGCGCCCGAGCGGGACAAGCCGGCCAAGCACUGCAGCAUCCAGCUGCCUGACGGGACGGCCUGCGUGGUGCUGGUCAGGGCGGGGCUCUCCAUCAAGGACGUGCUGGCCGGGCUCUGCGAGCGGCACGGCAUCAACGGGGCUGCCGUGGACCUCUUCCUGGUGGGCGGGGACAAGCCUCUGGUGCUGCAUCAGGACAGUAGCAUCUUGGAGUCCAGGGACCUGCGCCUAGAAAAACGCACUUUAUUUCGGCUGGAUCUGGUGCCGAUUAACCGAUCCGUGGGACUCAAGGCCAAGCCCAGCAAGCCCGUCACGGAGGUGCUGCGUCCCGUGGCGGCCAAGUACGGCCUGCGCCUGAGUGAGCUGGUGGCCCGGCUGAGUGGAGAGAAGGAGCCCCUGGACCUUGGGGCCCCCAUCUCGAGUCUGGACGGACAGCGGGUCAUCCUGGAGGAGAAGGACCCCUCCCGAGGGAAAGCGUCCACAGAUAAACAGAGAGCUGCGCCGGUCAGACAGAGCACAGCUGGAAACGCCAGCUCCAGGAAUCACUCGGCUACGGGAGAGGAGAGAACGCUAGGCAAGUCUAAUUCUAUUAAAAUUAAAGGAGAAAAUGGGAAGAAUGCUAGGGAGCCCCGGCUUUCAAAGAGAGAAGAAUCUAUUGCAAAGAUUGGGAAAAAAAAAUAUCAGAAAAUUAAUUUGGACGAAGCAGAGGAGUUUUUUGAGCUCAUUUCCAAAGCUCAGAGCAGCAGAGCAGACGACCAGCGCGGGCUGCUGAGGAAGGAGGACCUCGUGCUGCCCGAGUUCCUGCGUCUGCCCCCCAGCCCCCCAGGGCUCGCCCCCUCACCUUCAGCCGCUGCCAAGGCCUUCGACCCGAGACCUGUGACGGGUCACGGGGAGGAGCGGGCACCCCGGCCCCGAGAAAGCCCGGCCAGCAGCCCCGGCUCCGGCGACAGCCUGCCCCUCGGCGCCCCCGGGACCCCUAGCCCGCCGGCGCAGGAAGUGGAGGCCGGCAGCGUCCAGACCGAGGAGGGCGAGCACGUGGCCGACCUGACGCUCACGGGGGAGGGGGACAUCAGCAGCCCCAACAGCACGUUCCUGCCGCCGCCCCCCACCCCGCGGGACGCGGCCGCACCUCCGAGACCAGCAGGCGGGGCCCGUGGCAGCCGACGCCCCCCGGCCAGCACAGUCACGGACAUGGACCGAGUUGCUGGUGCACCGCCGGGGCCGGCCAGCAGCGUCCCAGGGGUGCGGAUGGCCCCCUGGAGGCCACGGGCCGGCGGGGCCCCAACGUCGGCCCGCCCCACCCCGAGCCCUGUCCCCGGAGGGCCCGCCAAGCCCAAGGCCAGCCCGCACCACGCCACCUUCGUCUGAGGCUGCCGCCCGCCAGCCAACUCUGCGGACCCUGCACCCAGGCUGCCGGCUGGGACAUGUGCGUGGAGAGUGGUGGUCUUCAGGGGGCAGCUGAGCCCCCCAUCGGGGGCCUCGGACAGGCCAGGUCAGCCGCCCCCAGGGGCCUGGCCUCAGAGGCCCGCCAGGGCCAGCUCAGAGGGCUGGUGGUCCGGUCCCUGCUGCUUGGAGCCCAGCCUUCCCGCAAUAAAGUGUCAGUGCGGA